CAUUUUCCUCCUCCGCAGCUGCUGCAUCAUCUUCCCUCUACACAUUCAACCCACUACUCUCUUUGCUCUUCAUACAUCCACAAUAUGCUUCAGCGAUCACUUAGAACACCUGCCCUCCGCGGCGCUCUCGCCGCAUUCUCUCCUCGCGCCACCUCUACCACCCUCCUACCUAGAAUUUCCGCGUCGCUCAGUCAGACCAGACUACUUUCUCAGGAAGUUCGCAGUGCGAUUGAUAAGGCCGUCGCAUCUGCCCCUGUCGUCCUUUUCAUGAAAGGAACCCCAGAGACCCCUCAAUGCGGCUUCUCAAGAACAUCGAUUCAAAUACUAGGAUUGCAGGGUGUGGAUCCCAGAAAGUUCACAGCAUUCAAUGUCCUUGAGGAUGAAGAGCUGCGGAGUGGUAUCAAGGAAUACUCCGACUGGCCCACAAUUCCACAGUUAUACGUCGACAAAGAAUUCGUUGGUGGUUGCGAUAUCCUGAUCAACAUGCACAAGGACGGUAGCUUGGCCGACUUGCUCGCCGAGAAGAAGGUCAUCAUCGAAGACGACACGAACCCCGACACAGAUGCCGCUGGCCAGCAGGCACAAGCAACACGGGAGACCACAGAGCAAAGUACCGGAGGACGGUCGAAAGAUGCAAAGGGCGAAUCAUCAUGAGGAUGCACUGUACGAUAUGCGAACACUAGGCUCCUAUGCCAUGUUUCAUUCGAAAGAACCCUAUAUGUACAACCAUCAUCGUUCAGGCCCAAACAAAUCGCCUUCUAUGUCAUAGCAGCUUCGAGCUAGCGAAAGACCAGCUCACUCUGAAUGCAUUUUUUUCCAUCUGAAUCGAUGUCUUCUGGCCAUGCUAAGUAAGUUUCUAUCCGGAAACGCGAAGUC